AUGGCACCAGCGCCCUCGGUUGCUGAAAAGGCGUCUCUAGCUGGACAGCUUGGAAAGGGAAAACGAGCAAGGGGGCUCAAACGAGGUUUGAAUGUGAAGACCAUAAGACCUCAGCAUCUCCAGUUAUGUCCGGUUGAAGAGGACUCCUUGGUGCCGGUACCGCAGCUCUGCCAUCACCUGGAUCGGGUGCUGUUCAACCCGGGAGUCUAUCACAUGCAGGAUGCCAGAUCCCGCGUGUACAACUUCGACCCUUACCUGGCCUCCAUCAUGCCCGUGAAGGAAUUUGACUUUGACGCCCUCAGGAGAUAUGUUACAUCAUCCAAGGACGUCAAACUGAGACAGCUCAGCGCGACACAUGGGAUGAAGUACUGCGGCUCAACAUCCAGCAUGACUUCGAUUUUAUCCCAUUUCCAUUACCUCCUCUCAGCCUGGAGGAAGCCUAAUUUCGCCUUCUUGUCGCGGUCAAUAGAGCCUGAGUCAUACAACUUCACUGCCUUAACCCGUGGCCCUGCUGCUGCUUUUGCACACUUCAAGGAUGGCACCUACGCGUUUGAUUCCGACAAAGAGUACGACACGGAAAAUAUUCUGAGCUUAUUGGGAAAGUCGAUGGAAAAGCUCCUGACCCUGCCAAAGGAUGACUUUGAAAAGUAUCGGAGAUCAAAAUCCCACGAGCUGUCAGACGAAGAGAGAAAUGCGCAGGACUCUUUUCACUACACGACUCUGGGAGACUUCAUGAUGCGAUCCCAGUUGGACGCCUACGAUCCUCGGCUACCUGGCUCCGGCAUGUUUGACCUGAAGACGAGAGCGGUAGUCGCCGUUAGGAUGGACGUCCGGGGAUACGAAAAAGGAGCUGGUUACGAAAUCCGGAAAAGAUUCGGCCAGUGGGAAUCAUUUGAGCGAGAGUACUACGACAUGAUCAGAACCGUGUUCCUGAAAUACUCUCUGCAGGUGCGAAUGGGCCGUAUGGAUGGCAUCUUUGUCGCCUAUCAUAACACGCAGCGAAUAUUCGGCUUCCAGUACAUCAGCUUGGAGGAAAUGGAUGUGGCUCUCCACGGAACAUCCGACCGUCGGCUCGGUGAUCAAGAGUUCAAGACAAGCAUCAAGCUGUUGAACGAGCUCAUGGACAAGGCAACAAAAAAGUAUCCAGGGCGGACACUGCGUCUGCACGUCGAGACACGGCCAACCAAGGUGCCCCUGACAUACUUCUUUGUGGAGCCGGUGACGGAGGAAGAAAUGAUGGAUACUCAAGAAGCUGGCAAAUCGUCGGUUGAAGAACUGGAGCGCGAACUUCUUUCCCUUCGCGAGACCGAAAACCAAGAAGACUCGGAAGACACCGACGGGAUGGCGCAAGUCGAAUCACAGCAGUCCGAUGAAGAGGCAAAGGAGCUCUCUGACGAAACUUCCCCCAUGGACUCUCCUAAUGAAGCCGCCUGGAACGUCAUGAUGUUAAAGGAUCGUGAGCUACUGGGCAUGUACGUCACGAUUCGCAACCAGGUGAAUGGCGAAUACGUCGAGCGGCCUACCAUUAACCAGGAGGACGAUUUUGAUUGGGCGGUUGAAUACGCCAUCACCGAGCUGCCUGAGAAGAGGGCGCGGAAGAUUUACACCAAGAUCAAGCAGCGGCGGAGAAAGGUGCUUGCACCGCAGUCUUCCGAAGGAUGGGAUUGGUACAAGAUGUUCCAGGGGAAGCUACCAGCAUUGGCCAAGAAGGGAGAGCGGUAUAGAGAGCUUCGUACACAGCAGGAAGAAGGCGAGCCGGUGCAUGUUGCUUGGGAGCGAGACUCUCAUCCUCCAGAUGCCUUCAAGCCUGCCAACGACGGCGAGGAAAACAAAUGA